AUGUGGAGAGCCCUGAAGAGCAUCUUCUUCAUCAUAAUGGUUGCAGAGUUCAUAUUUGGGAAUUUGAGCAAUGGAUUCAUAGUAGUGAUGAAUUGCAUUGACUUGGGCAACAAAAGAAAUUUCUCUUCAGUUGAUCAAAUUAUCACCAUCUUGGCCAUUUCUAGAAUUAGUGUCCUAUGGCAAACAUUUGUAAGUUUGUUUCAAAAUACAUAUUACUCAUUUUCACUUGUGGAUGAAACAAAAGUAAGAAUUGGUAUUUUCUCCUGGAUAGUUAGCAAUCACUUCAGUCUCUGGUUUGCUACCAUCCUUAGCAUCUUAUAUUUGCUCAAAAUAGCUACUUUCUCAUGGCCUGCUUUUCUCUAUCUCAAGUGGAGAGUAAAGAAAGUGACUCUGAUCAUGCUGCUGGGAAACUUGGUCUUCCUGAUUUUAAAUCUGACAGAAGUAGAUAUACAUAUUGAAGACUUGAUCCAUCAAUUGGAAAAAAACACAACUUGGGACUCCAAAGUGAGUGAAAUUAAAAAAUUAUCCAUGCAGGUCAGACUCAAGAUUACUCUGUUCUCCUUAAUUCCAUUUACUGUGGCCCUGACGUCCUGUCUCCUGCUAAUAGUCUCCCUGUGGAAACAUCUCCAGAAGAUGCAGCUCACUUCCAAAGGACGCAGAGACCCCAGGACCAAAGCCCUCAUAAACGCCUUGAAAAUUAUGAUCUCCUUUCUACUCCUAUAUGCUGCUUACUUUUUAUCAUAUUUGAUAUCAUGGAUUUCAAAAGUGCAUGAGAACACACUGGCCCACUUUGUUGGCAUCACUGUUGGACUACUGUAUCCUUCAGGCCACUCCUUUAUCCUGAUUCUGGGAAAUUCCAAAUUAAGGCAGACUUCUCUUUUGGGGCUGAAGUGGCUCAGAUGUGGGAAAAAACACAACAAACUCACAAUUGCAUAA